UUUCACAAAGCGUACCGGAAGGCAACAUGGAAGCGGUACGUUAGGUGAAGCGUUUUAUGUCCCCAAACAAGUUGUUUAGCCUCAAAAAUACAGUUGAAUUCUGAUAUUUUCACCCCAGAGGGCUUUAAUAGCUAGUUAGCUAGCUAUGUAUUAUCGCCAGGUUGUACGGACAUUGCUCGUCGGGACCAGAGCGCCUCUCUUCGGCCGUGUUCACCGUGUUUCCCAGGUAGCUGCUGUCAUCCUGCUAAACGUUUUCUUGUCGUUAGCUGCCGCAGAGCGUUUUGUUUCUGACCGCUGCCGUCCCAGCAGCUCUGGUGGUGGCUGUGAUAGACCCUCACUGACCCACCACCACCCAGAGAGACCGCUGUGCACCAAAAAUGACGAGGUCAGGCUGGCAGAGGAGGCCAGCAGGAAGUACGGAUCUCCAGCUCCAACCAUCUUCUCCAAAGUGAUCGAUAAAAGCAUCACUGCAGAUAUCAUCUAUGAGGAUGAGAAGUGUCUGGCGUUUAGGGACAUCAGCCCACAGGCCCCUGUUCACUUCCUGGUUAUUCCGAGAGUCCCUAUUCCCAGAAUUAGUGCAGCCAAAGAUGACGAUGCCGAGCUCUUAGGACAUUUGUUGGUUGUUGCCAAAAACGUAGCAAAGCAAGAAUCUUUAAAGGAGGGAUACAGAAUGGUCAUCAACGAUGGAAAACACGGAGCUCAGUCGGUCUACCACCUUCACAUCCACGUCCUGGGAGGAAGGCAGAUGAAGUGGCCGCCUGGAUAAUAGUUUCAUACUCAUUUUUCUGUGUCUCCAACCUGCUUUCAUAGGUUUAUUUCCAUGACAUGGCAUCUGUUUGUCCAAUACCUGAUAUUUUUAUCUGAUUUCCUGUUCAGAACAACUCACAAAAUAUCAAUUGUAAAUAUGUUGAUCUAAAGAAAUGACAUGUAAAAAUUCCGACAGUAUGUUUGAUACGACUGCAAAUAAAGACACUAUUUCUAAUGCGAAAA